AUGGAGCACGGAGCUAUAGCCACCAGCGCCUCGUCGGAUCCAAAUGCACCCUCAAGCCCCGUGAUCAAGCUCGUCCUUGUCUCCUCCAUUGCCGCUGGGGUCCAAUUCGGAUGGGCUCUUCAGCUCUCUCUCUUGACACCCUAUUCGCAGCUUCUUGGUGUUCCCCAUUCAUGGUCCAGCUUCAUCUGGCUCUGCGGCCCCCUUUCCGGCCUCUUUGUCCAGCCCACCAUCGGCUACUACAGCGACCAAUGCACCUCUCGGUUUGGCCGCCGCCGCCCCUUCAUCAUCACCGGGUCCGUCCUCGUCGCCGUCUCCGUCUUCCUUGUUGGCUUCGCUGCGGACAUCGGCAGAUCGCUGGGCGAUAAUCCGUUGAAGAAAACCAAGCCCCGAGCCGUGGCUUUCUUCGUGGUCGGCUUCUGGAUACUCGAUGUCGCCAACAACACGCUCCAAGGCCCUUGCCGGGCCUUCUUGGCGGACCUUUCUGGGAGCGAUCACUCCAAGAUGAGAUUCGCAAACGCGUCCUUCUCCUUCUUCAUGGCCGUAGGCAACGUCCUGGGCUACGCCGCCGGCUCCUACUCCAAGCUCCACCGCAUGUUUCCAUUCACAAGGACAAAAGCUUGUGAUAUCUACUGCGCCAACCUCAAAACGUGCUUCAUAUUGUCUAUCAUUUUCCUGGCAAUCCUAGUCACGAUAGCUUGCGUCCUGGUGAAAGAGAUACCCCUUUCUUCUUUGUCCAAUCAGGCGAAUGCUUCAGAGUCGUUGCAACAAACAUCAGAACCAUUCGUCACCCAACUGGUAUCAGCAUUGAAGAAGCUCUCAAAGCCAAUGUGGCUGCUUUUGAUUGUGACGGCACUGAAUUGGAUCGGGUGGUUCCCUUUCACACUGUACGACACGGAUUGGAUGGGGAGGGAGAUCUAUGGAGGGGAAGCUGGUGGAACGCCAUUGGAAUCGAGGAUGUAUGAUAAAGGGGUGAGUGUUGGAUCACUGGGUUUAAUGAUCUACGCAGUGGCUCUAGGGUUCACGUCUCUGGGCAUUGAGCCGAUGUCUCGGGUGCUUGGAGAGGUGAAGUGGGUGUGGGGAAUAGGGAACUUCAUCUUGGCAGGUUGCUUAGCCUUGAUGCUGCUGGCGACCAAGAUGGCCGAGGAUGCGAGGAAGAACACUCCUCAGCCACCUCCCUCUAAUGUUAAAGCUUUUGCCUUGGCUCUUUUUGGUAUCUUGGGUAUCCCUCAGGCGGUUACAUUUAGCAUUCCAUUUGCACUAGCUUCUAUCUUGUCCAGUGCUUCCGGAGCUGGCCAAGGUCUUUCUUUGGGGCUCAUGAAUCUAGCCAUUGUGAUUCCACAGAUGUUGGUAUCUCUGGUAAUUGGUCCAUUGGAUGCUGCUUUCGGAGGUGGUAACACGCCUGGCUUUGUCAUGGGGGCCAUUUCAGCUGCGCUCAGUGGCAUCUGUGCCUUCGUUCUCCUUCCAUCAACAUCUCAAAUCCAGAGAAGGUGACCUCAAAAAGUGGAUACUAGUCUUACAUUAGGCUGCAUGCAUAUAAUAUAUACGUCCAUCACAAGGUUUCAGAGCCACACGAAGACAAAGAUGACGACAGUGUGUUACUAGGUAGGUUUCAAGGGACAUUCAUGCAUAGUUCGUCCCUGAAACCCGCCUUUUUUCACAGCCACAGAUGAUGUUAUAUAUGGUGAAAGCUGUUCGAUUCAAAUGCAGUGUUGAGAUACAACGUUGUACAUACAGAUGGCGAUGAAGAAGUUGAAAACGGAAAAAGAAAGCAAAAAAAGAGAUAAGAGCAAGAGAAAAAAAAAAUUUGAAUUUUAAAUGUUCCU